UGCUCGUGCUGGCUCCACCUGGGGCUGCUAGGAUGGAUUGUCUGCGGAUGUACGGGCUACAUAUACUCAAUGCUACGUUCAAAUCUAUUGUUUCUCCCCAGACCAUAGAAUUCCCAGUCUCUGUCUCUCUCCGCAAUUAAGCACCCAGAAUUAGCAAUCACUCUUCAUAUCUCGUGGGUUUGUUUUCUCGAAGUCCAAAUAAAUACAUUGUCGCAUACAUACACACACAUCUGCAUCAUGGCCCCUGGCGCUAUAUUCGAAGCUCCCAACGUUGCCGAGGAUUUCAACAGCCAUCGAGAUGGCCUCGCGCUAGAGGCUACAUCCGAUGCCAUUGACGAAGUCAACGUGCUCAAAGCUGCCAUGAAAGUCAAGCAAGGCAGCGCCACCCAGAAAGAAAAGGACAUCUACGAGCAAUCCCAGUUCGAUGCCGAGAAGGACAAGACGCAAUUCCGACAGUACGAGGAGGCAUGCGACCGGGUGAAGAACUUCUACCGUGAGCAACACGAGAAGCAGACCGUAGCAUACAACCUCAAAGCCCGCAACGACUUCCGGAGCAAGACACGCGCCGAAAUGACAAUCUGGCAGGCAAUGGAGAAGCUCAACACCCUCAUCGACGAGUCCGACCCGGACACUUCCCUCUCCCAAAUCGAACACCUCCUACAGGCCGCCGAAGCCAUCCGUCGCGACGGCAAACCCCGCUGGAUGCAACUCACAGGCUUGAUCCACGAUCUCGGCAAGCUGCUCUUCUUCUUUGGCGCCGAGGGCCAGUGGGACGUCGUUGGCGACACGUUCCCCGUCGGCUGUGCGUUCGACCGCAAGAUCAUCUACCCGGACACCUUCGCCGGCAACCCGGAUUCUCGAGACUCGAUCUACGCCACUGAGCAUGGCAUCUACACGCCUGGCUGCGGCCUCGACAAUGUGAUGCUGAGCUGGGGCCACGACGAGUAUCUGUACCACAUCGCAAAGGAGCAGAGCACGUUGCCGGACGAGGCGCUGGCCAUGAUCCGCUACCACUCCUUCUACCCGUGGCACAGCCAGGGCGCAUAUAUGUGGAUGAUGAAUGCGAAGGACAAGAGGAUGCUGGAGGCUGUGCGGGCGUUCAACCCCUACGAUCUGUACAGCAAGAGCGACGACGUGCCCAAGGCUGAGGAGUUGAAGCCCUACUACAUGGAGCUGAUUGACGAGUAUUUCCCGAAUAAGGUCAUCAAGUGGUAGGAGACACACUGAGAUACCGUUGUUUCUUGUAUCUUGUAAUUGUUCUUUAUUGUCAUUCUCCCUUUGGGUUUUUACUAGAUAGAGCAUAGGCUUGAUUUGCCUGUGUCCGGAAUACGGACAGGCUACGAAUAAUGACCAUGACACUUCCUCCUUGACUAUUGGACGCUGGUCUGUUUUGCAAAUGGUGAUUGAACCUAUGUAUGUGCAUAUCUGCCCAGCCACCUACACGCACG